AUGCUAGUAGAUAACCACAUUAUCGAGACAAGCUCAUCCGGCACGACACUCAAGGCUGCCGUGAAGCGAUACCGACCCCCAAAUGGCGGGACAAACGACAAGCCCGCCAGUGGUGGGUACAUCUUGGUGUUCGCGCACGGGACUGGAUUUCGUAACGAACACUGGGAGAUUACCAUUCGGCGGAUAUUCACUCUCGCUCGAGGAGUGUCAUCGCGGAUCCGGAUCUUGGAAGCCUGGGCAGUCGAUGCGCAGACUCACGGUGCUUCCGCCACGAUGAAUGAGGAAACGAUAGAGGCUCCAGAUUUCAACUACCCUAUACAGGACUACGCAGAAGCAUGCGCCAAUGUAUACAACUCUCUCCUUCGCCCGACCAUCCGAGACUCGGAGGACAUCCACAAACUCAUUUUGAUAGGGCACUCGGCUGGGGCUUCAGCAGCCGCGCUGUCGACAGCCUUCUGCGACCACGUCCCCUUCCACGCCAUGAUCCUCGUCGAACCAACAGUAUGGCCUGCCCACAUAACGAACACACACUCCCCCACGUUCAUCUUGGCGUCCAAGACGAUUCCCAGGCGCCGCGAUUCCUGGUCCUCAAAAGCCGAAGCGAGAGCAUACCUGAAGAAACGUGCCCCGUGGGCCCUCUGGGAUCAUCGGAUUCUGGAUAUCUACAUCGAGCACGGAAUUGUGCCUCACCCUACGAAGAAGGGUGGUGUAUCUCUCGCUUGCACCCCCAGACACGAAGCGAUGCCUUUCAUCACAGGAGACUCCGUCGUGCCCCUAACAGAGCUGGACAAGACACACAAGAUUAUACCUAUCCAUCUCGUGUACGGCGAACGGAACGAUCUUUUCACUCGCGAAAAGCAAGACUCCCUUCAGCAAGGCCGAAAAUUCGCUUCGAUUACGCGUAUCCCAGGAGCAGGUCAUUUGGUUGUACAGGAAGCCCCAGACAAGGUUGGGGAUGUCAUUUUUAAUAUACUGCGCGAUAGCGCUCAGAGGUCUGGAGUUGUACCACACGUUUUCAACAACGAAAUGAAACUGAUGAGCGAACCAGACCCGAAUAUCUCUGUUGCCAGCUACAUAGCAGUCUAG